UCGUCAUCCGGAGCCCUCAUCCCUCUUAAAAGGACCUGGUUCCUUGCGUCGUUUCCUGGACGACGAAGUCAUAUGUGCGCGCCAAGAACAUACUGUCUGAGUAAAUAUGUCUACUCUCAAUUCUACUCUGAUACCGGACUUUCCGCCUCCAGCCGGAGUCACACCCAAUUUUGUUAACCCACCGUCUUCGGCCCCUCUCUCGACGGUGGUUAUUGCUGUGACUUUGGCAGCGAUGUACUGCUUUUUGUCAUUACGUAUCUAUACUCGACUGCGCGUGCCUGGCAGCUUGGGGGUAGAUGACUGGCUCUGUUUGCUUUCAGCGGCAACGAUCACUUCGUAUUGCGCCGUCGUGUUUAAAGCCCUCAAUGGCGCACUUGGUCCUCAUCAAUGGAACGUGCCAUCAUCUAAACUCAGCCUACCCUUGAUUCUUCAGGAUUCAAUUUUGACGAUUAUUCUGUAUGGAGUGUCUGCGAUCUUCCUCAAAUCGGCGCUUUUAGCCCUUUAUCUUCGCAUUUUCCGACCGAUGAAGAUCGCGAGGAUCUUAAUAUGGACUUCACUCGUGGUAAUCACACUCUUUUACACGGUUUGCUUCGUUGUAGAUGCAAUCAUUUGUGGCGAGUUCCUUAGCCACCCGGGCUUAUCAACAAUGGAUUCCGCGCAUUUCGACCCCGAUGAAAGCUGUUCAGUACGGCAGAGGCCCAUUUGGGUUAUGAUGGGGGUUUUCAGCGUUGUUUCAGAUUUCUAUCUGCUGGCCAUCCCCGUGGGCUUGACUCUUAACGUUCGACUUCCACCGAAGCGGAAAAUUGCGGUGUGCUGUAUGUUUCUCACGGGACUCCUAGCUUGUGCUUUCUCGAUCCUCGCUACUGUUUACCGUUUUCAACUGUUUCGAACUUCUGACUUUACCUGGCUUGCCUCUUUAACGUAUGCAUUCAUAGCGGCCGAAAUUAAUGUUGGUAUUGCUUGUAGUUGCAUGCCGGUGGUGUCUAUGCCAUUACACAACAAGAUGGCCAAAAUUACAACCUGGGACUCGUUUAUUAGAGUUAUCACACGCCAAUCGUCCAACUAUGGUGAUCGCACACAUAACUCCAGCGAUCAUUCUAUGGAUAUUCCAAAAGAAGGAUCCCCGAAAAUUCCACAAGCUACAGAGGCAGAAUUGAGGUCAUUUAUGCGCAGAACUUAUUACCCCCGAUCUAGUCGAAUGAGUUAUGUGCUUGUUGCAUAUGAUAAAUUCUCUUCAAUCAAAGACUACCAUGCGCAGCUAACUAACCUCACUCGAACAUCUCAACCAAGCCAUAUCGAUGCAGUCUAGCCCUCAGAUAUCUCUAUAUGGCAGCAUCUGAAUUUGGGAAUAACCGGCUAUGAGUAAUAAUCUAGGAUAAGAUUUUCAGGGAUACAUCUUACCCGAGUACCAUAAAGUG